AUGCCUAUCCAAUACCAGAAAGCUGACGGGUCCCAUUGUGAGUAUCGUACAAACUUUGAUGGAGAGGUGGAUCAACCAUCGACGGAGGAGUCGGAGCAUGAUGAGAACAGUGGUCUCCAUCAGCGUGAUGAACGUGAUAGUCGUCCUAGAGCAGUUGAUGUUGCAAACUUCCCUCUAGGAUGGUCUUUGGCUACUAGGCUGAUCCCAUCUGGUGCUGUGAAGCGAGAAUAUGACAUGUCAGCCAGCAGGCCGGGGUUGCCCCUUCAUGUAGUACGCCAUGAGGCUAUCAAGUUUUUCCAAGUGCUGAUGUCAAGUGAAACCCCUUAUUUCAAGUCUAUCGGCGAGGGUUGGGCCCUUAAUGGCUUUAUGUAUUGUCUCACCGAGGACGAUGAUGUUGGUGUAGUUGUUCGACAAUUGGAUGACUCGUCCACGUGCGGAGAUACAGCCCGAGUCAUGCUGAGUGUUGUUACCAGAGACUCCGAGAUGGAGAGCGGAAGUUCGGGUAAAAUAUCUGCAGCCAUCGAGGCAUGGGACUAUGCUCUGAGGCAGCUCGUCAACGGAGCAAGUGCACAGACG